CAAUGUCAUACACUUCUCGACAUGGACUGCAACUCUGCUUCCAAUUGCCUGGCACUGUCUCUCAUCGCCAUGGACAGCGUUGCACCUGUGGGGACUGCUACAUGUUGCAAAGAAGGCGUCGAAGCAACAAUGCAUUUACAUAUUCUCGGCGAGAAACAUUACGGUAAAAGCCUUCGGUUUCGCUGCUCUUGUUGCUAGCAGGAAGACCUCACAGCAGCAAUUUCACGUGUCUCAAUGGCUUGCAUCUGCCAGUGCAGGAAAACUUGGACAGAUAAACCUGUUUCGUUAUCACCGACACAAGAAUCAACCAUGACUAUUCCAUCUGCGAAUCUUGGUAAAUCAUCAACUUUUUAAUCCUCCUUUGACCGAUGCAUGUUGUCUUGUCAUCAUGUACUGUUUCUCACAAUCAUAUAUCUGCUUAGCUCAACAGCAGCUCAAACUCUUCUAGAUUGGGAG